GAUGGACCCUAUGGAGAAUCUGUCCCAGCACUUGGUUCACAAUCACAAUGACAUGGAGGACCUGAUCAAUCUCGGCAAUGCCAACCGCACCACAGCCAGCACCGGCAUGAACGGCACGAGCAGCCGCUCCCACGGCAUCUUCACCAUCAGGUUCACCCAGGCGUGGUUUGAUGCGGAGGUGCCCCGUGAGACGCUGAGUAAGAUCCACCUGGUGGACCUGGCAGGCAGCAAGAGAGCAGACUUCAGGCUGAAGGAAGGCGCCAACAUCAACAAAUCCCUGGUCAUCCUGGGCAGUGUGAUCUCUGCUCUGGCUGAACUUAGUAUGGGAGGUCGGUCAACAAAAAAGAAGACCUUCAUUCCUUACAGAGACUCUGUGCUGACAUGGCUACUGAAAGACAGCCUGGGUGGAAACUCUGUGACUACUAUGAUCGCAACCAUCUCCCCCGCCAAUGUGAACUACCUGGAGACCCUAAGCACGUUGCGCUACGCCAGCUGAGCUAAAAACAUAGUGAACUCUCCCACGGUGAACUAAGAUGAAAACGUGAAGGUGAUCAGAGAGCUGUGGGCAGAGGUUUCCAGACUCCGAGGGCUACUAGAAGAAGCUGAUCAGGUCCUGCAGUGCAUAUGUUCCCGUGUGGAGCCAUCUUCCUCUGUGAAGGUAGAGGAGGAGCUGCAUCAGAAUGAGGUGAGGGUCCUAGAACUGAACAAGGAGUGGACCAGCAAAUGUGGCGAGACUCGCAGUAUUUUGCAGGAGGAGACUGUGGCUCUGAAGAAGAAAGGCAGUGGAGUGCUCCUGGGCUGCCAGUUGCCUCAUCUGAUAGGCAUUGAUGAAGACAUGCUCAGCGGUGGAAUUGUCCUGUAUUAUCUGAAAGAGGGCAGAACGCUGAUUGGGAGUGAAGAAGCCUCAUGCAGUCAGGGUAUUGUGCUUCAUGGUCCUGGGCUUCUCAGUGAACAUUGUGUGUUGGAGAACCGUGCUGGGACCGUGACUCUGAUCCCGCGGGAUGGUGCGCUGUGUUCAGUCCAAGGCUCUGAGCCACUGAGCCACAGCGGGCUGCCGUCUGCCUUCAGCCUGCCCUUGACUGGCAUAUCCAACUCUACAGAGACUCUGUCCGAGGCGAUGCUGCAGAACCCAGGGAGGAUGGAAGAGAAGCUAAACCAGCAGGAGGUGGAAUGGCAGCAGGUCCAAGAAAAACUGAACAGACGCAACCGGGACAUCAAAAGACUUUCAAAGGAAAACAGUAGGGCUCCCCAUCAAUUGAUAGCAGAAAGGAAGGCAACAGGGGCAGAGAUGGAAGAGACUGGCAACGGCCAGAUGGAAAUGCAGUCUGCAGAGACAGCCGCGUCCAUAGUGCCACACAGCUGUCUAACCUCAGCCACAAUAGAGAAGCUCAUCAAUGCAGUCAUACCUGGUAAAGAUCCUGUCCCUAUCACCAGUAUUCAGAUGGAUAGAGACACACUACAGGAUGGGAUAAGCACCAGGGAUGGCCGGGAGCAGGAGGGGGACUUGUGUCAUAAAUCAGGGCCGGGGCUCAUGUCUGAGUGGCCACGGAGGAAAGCGAGAGAGGAGGUUUGGUCAGGGGAUGCCAGCCUCCAGCAGACAAGUGUCCUGGGCCCGGGUGAUGGAUGUGGCACGAAGCCAGAGGGGAAUGCUAACAAGAUCAAAGGCGCCAUGGCUGACUGCUACAAGGAGAGACCUGACUCUGGUGGGAGCUCAUUAAGCAGCAUGUCCCACCUGCAGAGCAGCAGAGGAACUCGCUCCACGUCUGUCCUCCCACAGAACAGCACUCAUCCUCAGCUCGACAUAAAGCCCCUCUGCAGUCAGGCAGCCCGCUGUCCGCCUGAGAAAACUAUCUUCGAGGGCCUUUUUGGCUGUGCAGAGAUCGAUGAAUCUGGAGGUUUGCAGGGGUUUACAACAGAGUGUGGUUAUUCACCUGAAGACAAAGAUCAGGCAUUGGAGAACUCAAUAAAUGUCCACAACACAAACGACGUACAAAUCUUUAGUCAGACGCUCAUCUCCACCUCACUGCACAACUCCCAGAAGAUUGUAGCUCUCUAUUGGCUGAAUGUUGCCAAGUGCAGCCAACCCGAGUCUCGCCCCGCCCUCCUGGUCCUGGCAGAGACCGGCCUCUUCACCCUGACUGCUGACUCCGGGCACCUGGUUAUGUUCCAUCAGCUCCCCUUGGUGCAGCUGAAAGAGGUGCAGAUAGGCUUAGCAGGCCACAGUCUGCGUUUGAUGGGCUCCUCAGAGGAGAGCACCCUGGGAGUCUACACCCACAGCCAGAACCUUACCAAAUACCUGUGCUCGGCCAUACUUGGUGUUAUCUGCCCCUGGGACAGAAGGGUGUCUCAGCACCCGCUGCUUCAUGGAGACCUGAUGAUGCUGUCUUUAGACUGGCAGGCUUCUGUACCUGACCUGCUGCUGGAUGCUGGUUUAAAGGUCUGCUGCCAGUUUCAGAAAAGUCUUGCUGAUCCGGUGUACUUUCUCCAUUGUAACAUGAAAAGGAACAGUAUCUCUAGCAAAGUGCAGAUACUGCUGUACACAGGUGUAGGGUUGUGGAUCAGUCCCAAUAACUACACUGAGCCCCUGGCCCAGCUUUUAGUCACUGACACCCACGGCAUGGUGCAGGAGGAUGCUGUCUUUCACCCGACUCCACGCUCUUGUGAGAAAUGGAGAAUUGGUCUGAAUGAAAAGCAGCACACCAGCAUGGACAUUUGA